CAUCUGCACAACUCCUUGUCUUCCUCUUUUUUUUUUUUUUUUCUUUUCCUUCUUUUCGUUUUUCUCUAUCUGAUUAUAUUUACUCUUUCCCACCCCCACCCUGUCAUCUGCUUCUACGUCCACCCUUCUACACAGACCAAGGCAAAGCGGCAUGCUGCAACAUCUCUGUCUCGACAUGGAAAUACUACUACAGUAAUAGUGCAUAUAGUGGGGGACAACGGGAGAGGACACCUCGCUCAUCGCCCCAACUGCUUGUCAUAUCCCUGGGAAUACAUAGCAGCAGGAUUGCUGGAGAUGUCAGUCAUGGAAGAUACUGGCGUUCAGAAAACUAUUUGGGAUGGAGAUGGCAAAGCUGUCCAGCAAUGUUUGACGGAUAUAUUUACCAGUGUCUACACCACCUGUGACAUCCCAGAAAAUGCUAUAUUUGGCCCCUGUGUGCUGAGCCACACUUCGCUUUAUGACAGCAUCGCUUUCAUCGCCCUGAAAUCUACAGACAAAAGGACAGUGCCCUAUAUAUUUCGGGUGGAUACUUCAGCUGCAAACGGCUCAUCUGAGGGACUGAUGUGGCUCCGUCUGGUGCAAUCUGCCAGAAACAAAGAGGAACAAAAUCUGGAAGCCUACAUAAAGAACGGACAACUCUUCUACAGAUCCCUGCGCAGGAUUGUCAAAGACGAGGAGCUAUUAGUCUGGUAUGGGAAGGAACUGACAGACCUGCUUCUUCUGAACCCAACCAGGUCGCAAGGAAAAUCUACUGGAUCAUCACAGUACUCUUGCCUGGAGUGUAACCAGAGGUUUCAAUUCGAUUUUCCCUAUGUGGCACACUUGAGGUUUCGAUGCCCCAAGAGACUCCAUAAUUCCGACUCAGAGCAGCUGGGGAAGGACAAUAGGGAGCUGGAGCCCAGGAACAUCAUGGUGUCAGCAGCCAGAUACAACAAGUUAUCCGUCUACCAACCUCAGAAAGAGAAUCAUAAGCCCACUACAGACUUCCACAACUUGGCCCGGGACUUAGAGAAUUUUAGAUCCCCGUCCUCCUCCACAUUCAGUUCUUCCCCAUCAAUCAAGUCUUACCUGUCCCGGCAAGACUCUGAAACUCCACCUGAGAGCCUCCAUAAAACCAAAAGAAAAUAUGACGAUCACUUGGAUGAUAACAGGUCCAGAAGGAUUGAACCCUCCGGGAGGUUUUUGGACAGGCCGGUAGCAUCUUCUAAAGAGGACAUGGUGUGCAGCCCCCAACCCUUCAGAGGCAGCUCUUACUUCAAUGUUGAGGAGAGUGGACAGUUAUAUGCUCCACCAAGUCCAGAGACAGGGGAAGCCAAGAGAAGCGCAUUUGUGGAAGUGAAAAAGGCAUCUAGGGGGGUGGAAGAUGCUGAGCCAAACACUGAGGGCAAAGAUACCCCCCCUACUCAUGCUAACAGCACCAGGGAGGAGAAGAGGCUGCACGUCAGGCCAGAAAACCAAGCAGAGGACAACACAAGCUUAGGCAGUGCCUUCACCAGCGUGCCCCAGAUGAAGAACCAGGAGCAGGAAAGGAAAAGUGCUUUCUCCCAGCCAACCAGGAGCAGCUUUAACCAUGUAACUCCUCUGCAGGUAAUGGGACAAAAACUGGUACCCAGCGGGGUGAGUUUGGACUGCCAUGCAGACAGUAUUGGGCCAGCCAGGCUAUUUCAGUCUGAUCCUCUUUCGGUCAAGCUCCAGGGCCCUGAACUAAAUGGCAACUGCACACUACCGGGAAGUUUGCCAAAGCAAAGUCCUUUCCUCUUUGGCACCACUUUUUGGCCAAAAAGUUCCGCUGGACCCCUCCAGUUGCAGAUGCCUUCUACCCUUACCCUGCUUCCUCCUUCCUUCACCUCCCUGUGUCUGCCAGCUCAGAACUGGUGUGCCAAAUGCAACGCUUCCUUUAGGAUGACUUCUGACUUGGUGUAUCACAUGAGGUCUCACCACAAAAAGGAGUAUGCCAUGGAGCCACUGGUGAAGAGGAGGAGAGAGGAGAAAUUAAAGUGUCCCAUAUGUAACGAAUCCUUCAGGGAACGCCAUCACCUCUCAAGGCAUAUGACCUCUCAUAAUUAGACCAAUGGACAACUACAGUACUUAUUACUUGAACUAAAUGCUCACACACAGUAGGAUCUUGGACACUUUGAUCCUCCAGCAUAAAGUGUGUGGGGUUUCUCUAUGAAUGCACGCAUUUUCACUUUCCAAGAGUACAUUUUUUAAAAAUGUCAUAUAUAUUGCAGCAUAUUGAUGCAUUUGUCAUAUCUUUCUACUUUAAAUGAUGGAGCACUUAUGGUUUAGAUGUAAUUAAUGUAUUUAAGGGUUACUUUUUAUUUGAAAUGAACAAUUCCUGGGUGAAGCAUAGCCAGUGUGUGCAUCACCUGAUGGCGUGAUCUCACCAAACCAAUCAAUCCUGUAUGGCUAUUACAGAAGACAUCCCAAUAUUCCAGGGCAUGCAUGAACAUUACAGUGCAACACAGCAGUACGGACAUAACUCAGACCGCCAUCAACGUGUAUUUCUUUUCGAAACAAAGUGUAAUUUUGUGCCAGUGCAAUCCAGUCUGCAUAACUAUUUUUUCUCCCCCCCCCCCCCCCCCCCCCCCUUCACCCAAAUGAGGAAAAAAGAUUUAUUAAACUGUAUAGUUUAUCUGAGUAUGUUGAAUGCUUUGACAAUAAAUUGCUUUAUUUUCCGCAAACCA